AUGGAAUUUGGAAAUCACGAGGAGCACAGUUUUAACUCGGAUCUCCAAAUUUCCAAAUCCUGUGAAAAUGCUUGUUGUCGUCGUGUAGCUGAGCAUGCAUCAAAACUUAUACAUGCCACUGCCAUUCUCAAGUCAUAUAUUUUGCAGCAGCACCAAAAUCAGACAAUUUUGCCCUCUCAUACUCAUUUCGGUGGCGUGGAUCCAGUUCUUCAUCGUGUCUGUACUAAUUAUGCUGCUAUGCAGUGUCAAGUUGAAGAAGUACUUUCUCUUCAACGGGAGGUGCAGCAGUUGCGCAAGGAGUUGGAAUUUCAUCGCGAAACGAUUGCUAAUUACAAGCAAUUGCUGAGUGAUGGGAACAGCCUUAGAGAAGAGCUUCGAAAUGAGCUGGCACAGGUAAGGAAAUCUGCAUCCAUUGCUCGUGCUGCUUUGGAUCAAGAGAGGCGAAACCAUGUUCCUCAAUUGAGUUCACAAAACCCAAGCUCUCUCGACACUGUGAGUCGGUGGUUCGAGGCAUACAAUGAUGAGAAUGCUAAACUUCGCGAAUCCAUACGGUCACUGACUAACAAGGAAAUAGAACUAUCAGCAGUAAUCGCUCGAGUGAAGGACUAUAUAAAAGAGGAAGUGAGCCGGCUCAUCAAGUUGAAGUCCAAAAAACUGGAUACGGUUUUUUCGGGAUCGUGGUUUUUGGGCCUUCUGGGAUUGUUGGGUCUUUCCUGUCCUUCUGAAUUGAAAUACAAACUAAUGGCUUUUUCCGUUACUUCAUCGCCUUCAUCAUCACGUCAGCGGUGUUCCAAACGCUCUCGACGCAAUCGAUCGGUUUCAAAAUCACCUCAGAAACCCUCCUCAGCGCUUGAAAAUAUUUUGGAUGAGCUGGACGAAGCUUCGGUCGACGUGAGUGUACAUACUCCGGAUAAGUCGCAGCUGCGGACCCAUACUCUAUCCACUUCCUCCUCUACAUCUUCUGAUUUUGUGGAGGCUUCACCAAGAACACCGACUCGGAACACGAAGCGGAUGAGACGGGACUGUGGUGUUUCUCCAUCUCCCCCCACUCAACAGCUGCCAGCGGAGGAUGUUGAAGGAGAAGCUUCACCGGUUUCCUCUCAGAAGUCUCGAAAACUACCUGAAAUUGGGGUGUGCUUUAGUCUUUCUGAUCAGAAAAAGUCGAGGAAGCUUAAUGAAAGGCAAGGAUCAUUGCGAAUUUCCGGCUCCAUACUAAAUAGUGAUAUUAAAUCAUGCGAGCAACUUCAACCGACUUUUGAAGAUACGAAUCCUUCCCAAACAUCUACAGUUGAUUUGGAUGAGACGGAGGCCUUGCCAGAGAUAGAGAACCAUCCUCUCAAAGAAUCUGAAUUCUCCUCACCCGUUCUUCGACCAUCUUCACCUGAUAAACCUCUUGAAAAUACCGAUGCAGAAUUUGAGCUUGAAAAGGAAAAUUCAGUUGAGAAGAGUGUCGAAGAAGUCGACUUACCGAGGAAAGCCCCAUUGAAAAAGAAACUCCGGCGUCGCAAGCCAGUGUCGCCCCCAAAUUGUCCUCCCACUAAUCGUGUUCGAACUUGUUCAUCUGUCGCAACAAAACGGAAGAGAAAACCGUUUUCUUUACCCAACUCCCUAGCCGAAAUCAUUACAGCUAAAUUCUCAAAAGAAAUUUUCAGUUGGUUCAAUGAUAUCACUACCUAUAAGGUAGUUCAGACGACUUCUUCGAAACCGCAAGCUCAAGUUGUUGAGCCCAAACCGGUUUCGCCUUCUCCUGAGAAAGCGAAUAAGAAAGAGGACACUCCUCGAAAAUUGAGCAUUCCGCUCGGUAGCUGUGUGGGAAUGGAAUCGGGUAUUGUCAGCACUCCUCAACCCCAAUCCCUUCUCGAAGAUCUGACUGCCCACUUUGCUGGCCAGCGGGCGUUUAACCAUCCCUCUACAUCCGACAUUUCUAUGAAUCUUGUCUACGAAGCACUCAUACAGGCAUUAGGAACGGUUUCAGGAGUCGAGUCAGGUCCUACUCUUCAUCCUCCUGACCCCGUUCUUCGAGCUGCAAGCCUGUUGAGGGCAAUA